GAUCAAACAGUCUCUCGUGCGCACGAGCCGCGCCUCAUGAACUUUACGCGAGCAUCUUCCUGAUUUCCAACUUAUUUUCAUCUGACAUCAGGGCACUUUACCCGGAAUCGCCUUUUUCAGAAUUUAGGACAUGAAACGUGAUUUAGAAAAGACCAAUGCGUAGCUCCUGCGGAUUACGCGGAGGGGAAUACAUCCACCUAGUGCAUCUGACCACUCGACUCGUCUGCCUCAUGCACAUUUACUCACACUACACAAGCAAAAAAGAAAUCGCGAAGAUGCUGUGGAGCGACACACGCUUCAAUCAGGAAGCAGACGCACAUGAAGAGGAGAUGCACCUGCGACUUGCAUGGAUACGAUGAUUGACGUUCAACUCGGGAAAGUUUCUAAGGAAGACAUUGCCAAAUUGUGAAAAAAUAAAAAAGUAUUAUGCCUAUCUUGAAUCCUGCAUUCGUGUGGAUGCCCUUGGCAUGAAGUACUCAGGUGUCCUCUGGGUCCUGUAACGUUACUCCACCAGGCGCAUCGCCAUCAGUCCAGUUCUAUGCGCCCUCCGCCUGCUCACACGCCGAUCUGUUUACGAGCCGAGCGAAGGAGGGAUGCAUAGUCGAGACAGAACACCUUUCACAUCAAGGCUUCGGCCAUUUCUGUUAGGCCACUGCUUUUUCUCGUCAUUUCUUCUUUUAUGCCAGGCUGAGCUUCAGAGGUCAUGCUCACAGCUUGGCUCUCAGAGACGAGGUGAACACUGCCAGUCGCUGUGCCACUGCAGAUACUACCCACCUCUACCUCCUCCACCUCCACCUCCUCCCCCUCCUCGGCUACUCAUCCCCACAGUGGCUGAGCCUCCGGUUCCUCUGCUAAGGCCAUGGUGGAUGGACUUCAUUGUGGUUGUGACAGUAGGGUGCACCUCGGCUUUCUUACUGCUUUUAAUUCUUCUCAUCUGCUUCAAGGCCAUUAAACGGAAACCUCUUAAAAAAGAGGAAAAUGGCACCAGUCGUGGAGAAUAUGCCAUGAGCUGCCGCAAGAAAAAGACCACUAAUAACGUUGUAGUGUAAAACUGACACACAUUAAGAGUUAAUGACGUCUCUGCAUUGCUGCAGUCUCAGCACUCACUGACCCAACGUGCAGCAGAAGUGCAAACCCAAAUGUACUUCCGAUGUCAAAGCAAAGAACGGAAAGCAAGACAAAGGUUAACUUGUUGGAAGACAGCAGCCUGGGCUGUUACACUACUGCUCUGCUCUCUCAGAGAUCCACUUCCAUGCACAACCUGACAAACUGUGGCAUAAAGACAAUGACAUAUAUUUGCAUGUUUUUUUUUUUUGUUUGUUUGUUUUUUUUAUUUCAAUGCUAAUAUACUAAUAUAUAAUACCAGAUGCUUUAUUUUACUUUUGAUGCACUGGUCUCAAAUCUGAUUUCUACGCAUAGCGUUUUCUAUUUAUUUAAUAAAUUAUGAUUAUUUAUUUUGUCGACAUUGCUGUGGGACACUGCAUGUCUUCUAAUGUGAAGAUGUAAAAAAAAAAAAAAGAAAGAAAGAAAGAAAAGAAAAAGAAAUGGCUGUUGUUCAGCUGUAUCUAUGACUUUGCAUGGUUUAUUGUGCACACCUCCUUGUAGAAAUUUUGUACUCAUACUAUCAUAUGUUCAAAAGAUUGGUUGCCUUGCACAGUCAAGGCUGUGGAUUCAUAUUUGUGAUGUAUUUAUAAAUGUUUAUGUGAUAUAACAUUGAGACAAGCCUAUGCACAGAUACUUACACAACAUGUUACAUCAUCGUUCAAGGAUGAACCCUGGAGGUCUUUCCUGGUGUUCUGCAUUAUGUCUGUGGUAUAGCAUGGUUUCAUAUUUGCGAUGAGACUAAAAUGCCUGUCUUGUAUCCUCCUUAAGGCUAGCAUUCUAAACACUCCUUUGUCUGUGCAACUUUCUAGUGAUUACAAGGACAGUGGACAAUCAUGCAGGAGGCAGUCGUUCAUGUUCAGAUGUGAUUACAUACUAAUUGUUCUCUUCACAAUCCACCAGACAAGGGCCCUUCCACAAAAGUCUACUGAGAUGCCUGAUGAACAUUAGUACUUUACUGAUGAAUGAUUGCAAGAAAGAUUUCAUGUGCGCUAAACUUCAUGUAGGCUGCCAUCAGAAAGAUAAUGAAUGUCUGUAAUGUUCCUGAUGUUAUAAUGACAGUAUAAUACGUAUCUAUAUGCAUUAUAUGCAUUACAGUUGGUUUGUAUUAAUGGUUCAAACAUCAUGUUCUGUGUCUGAGUGCUGUCUCUCUGUCUAUAUAACUACACUUGUGAAAGUUGUUCUCAUCUGCACUGUAUCCUAAAAAAUCUCAAACAACUAUAUAUAUAUAUAUAUA